GAUUGCUCCAUGGCGAAGAAGAGGAAAGCUGCAGAGCAGGCUUUGGGCGUCCCAGUCAACAAGAGAAAAUCCCUGCUAAUGAAGCCCCGACACUACAGCCCAAACCUGGAUUGCAGAGAAGAAUGUGAUGACAGGACUGAGGUGGAAGAGGAAGAUGGCCUCCAGGAAGCCAGCGAUCGCACUGCCACAGAAGAAAUCGCGAUAAAACCUAUGGAUGAGAACCUUCAUUCGACUGCACAAGACAACUCCGAUGGGAAGGAAGACAGAUAUGGCUGCUAUCAGGAGCUCGUGGUCAAAUCUUUAAUGCACUUGGGGAAAUUUGAAAAAAAUGUUUCUGUUCAGACCAUAAGUGAGAAUUUAAAUGACAGUGGCAUCCAGUCUCUAAAAGCAGAGAGUGAUGAAGCUGAUGAGUGCUUUAUGAUUCAUUCUGAUGAUGGAAAAGAAAAAAUCGAUGAUUCCCAGCUUCGGUUCUGCUCCUCAGAGGACAGUGAGAGUAACUCUGAAAGUGUGGAGAAUGGUUGGGACAGUAGCUCCAACUUCUCAGAAGAAACCAAACCACACAGGGUCCCAAAGUAUAUUUUAGUGGAUAAUAGAAAAGACCUAUUGGAAGUUCCUGAAAUAAAAACUGAAGGUGACAAGUUCAUCUCUUGUGAAAACAUGUGUGAUUCUGAAACAGAAAGGAGAGACCCACAGACUGCUCACAUGGAACCGCGGGACAGCAAAGCCCAGCCCUCAUUCGCUGGGAUGGAGGAAGAAGAUAACGAGUGUCUGGCAGCCAUGACAGAAGAGUCUGUUGACCUGGAGAAGGCGAAGGGGAACUUGAGUUUGCUGGAGCAGGCAAUUGCUCUCCAGGCUGAGCGAGGUUGUGUUUUCCACAACACCUACAAAGAGUUGGACAGGUUUCUACUGGAGCACCUUGCUGGGGAAAGGAGGCAAACCAAAGUUAUUGACAUGGGUGGAAGACAAAUCUUUAACAAUAAACAUUCACCGAGGCCCGAAAAGAGGGAGACCAAGUGCCCUAUCCCCGGGUGCGAUGGCACCGGACAUGUGACAGGACUCUACCCCCACCACCGCAGCCUUUCGGGGUGCCCCCACAAAGUGCGGGUUCCCCUGGAAAUUCUUGCCAUGCAUGAAAACGUUCUCAAGUGUCCCACCCCGGGAUGCACAGGAAGAGGGCACGUGAACAGCAACCGCAACACCCACAGGAGUCUUUCUGGUUGUCCAAUUGCUGCAGCUGAAAAAUUGGCAAUGUCCCAGGACAAAAAUCAGCUUGAGUCUCCCAAAGCCGGGCAGUGUCCUGACCAGGUUCACAGGACAAGCUUGGUGAAACAAAUUGAAUUCAAUUUCCGAUCACAAGCCAUCACCUCUCCCAGAGCCACGGUGUCAAAAGAACAAGAGAAGUUUGGAAAAGUACCAUUCGAUUAUGCCAGUUUCGAUGCCCAGGUUUUUGGUAAACGCCCCCUCAUACAAACAAGUCAAGGACGAAAAACACCACCAUUUCCUGAAUCAAAGCAUUUUUCAAAUCCAGGGAAAUUUCCUAAUCGACUGCCUAGUGCAGGCGCCCACACACAGAGCCCUUGCCGUGCCAACUCUUAUAGCUACGGUCAAUGUAGUGAAGACACCCACAUAGCAGCAGCUGCUGCCAUCCUGAACCUUUCCACCCGCUGCAGGGAAGCUGCAGAUAUCCUCUCCAACAAACCACAGAGUCUGCAUGCCAAGGGAGCCGAGAUAGAAGUGGAUGAAAAUGGCACAUUGGACUUAAGCCUGAAAAAAAAUCGAAUCCUGGACAAAGCUGCACCCCUAACUUCCUCUAACACUUCUAUUCCAACUCCUUCCUCUUCCCCAUUCAAAACAAGCAGCAUUUUGGUCAAUGCAGCAUUCUAUCAGGCUCUCUGUGAUCAAGAGGGCUGGGAUACUCCUAUCAACUAUAGCAAAACUCAUGGGAAGACAGAGGAGGAGAAAGAGAAAGAUCCAGUGAGCUCUCUAGAAAAUUUAGAGGAAAAAAAGUUUCCUGGAGAGGCCUCCAUCCCAAGCCCUAAACCCAAGCUCCAUGCAAGAGAUCUCAAAAAAGAAUUAAUCACCUGCCCAACGCCAGGAUGUGAUGGAAGUGGCCACGUCACAGGAAACUAUGCUUCCCAUCGCAGUGUUUCUGGAUGUCCUUUAGCAGAUAAGACUCUUAAAUCCCUCAUGGCUGCUAAUUCUCAGGAGCUUAAGUGUCCAACCCCGGGGUGUGAUGGUUCAGGGCAUGUGACUGGAAACUAUGCUUCCCACAGAAGUUUGUCCGGCUGCCCUCGUGCCAGGAAAGGUAGUGUCAAAAUGACUCCUACGAAGGAAGAAAAAGAAGACCCUGAACUCAAAUGUCCUGUGAUAGGGUGUGACGGCCAAGGUCACAUAUCAGGUAAAUACACGUCCCACCGCACAGCUUCUGGCUGUCCCCUGGCUGCCAAGAGACAGAAGGAGAAUCCUCUCAAUGGGGCCCCCCUCUCCUGGAAACUGAACAAACAAGAGCUACCACACUGUCCCUUGCCAGGCUGCAAUGGGCUGGGCCAUGUAAAUAAUGUUUUUGUCACCCACAGAAGCUUAUCUGGAUGUCCUCUAAAUGCACAAGCCAUCAAAAAGGGCAAGGUCUCAGAAGAACUAAUGACCAUCAAGCUCAAAGCAACAGGCGGUUUAGAGAGUGAUGAAGAAAUUAGGCAUUUGGAUGAAGAAAUAAAGGAACUAAAUGAAUCCAACCUUAAAAUUGAAGCAGAUAUGAUGAAACUUCAGACGCAGAUCACAUCUAUGGAGAGCAACCUAAAGACCAUAGAGGAGGAGAACAGGCUCAUAGAGCAGAACAAUGAGAGCCUGCUGAAGGAGCUGGCGGGCCUGAGCCAAGCCCUCAUCUCCAGCCUUGCCGACAUUCAGCUCCCACAGAUGGGGCCUAUCAGUGAGCAGAAUUUUGAAGCAUAUGUAAAUACACUCACAGACAUGUACAGCAAUCUGGAACGGGACUAUUCCCCGGAAUGCAAAGCUCUGCUGGAAAGUAUCAAACAGGCAGUGAAGGGCAUCCAUGUGUAG